CUGCGGUAGGAGAGCGGAGACAGUUAUGGCGGUGGUGGCGUCGGGGGUCCUCGGGGGGCUGCUCCGGAGGCAUCUCGCCGUUCGUCCUGCUUCCUGUCACGGCUUCAGCAUCAUGGCCUCCAAAGCCCAGCAGCAACAACAGGCGCCACCCCAGCAGCAGCCCAAUUCCGUGCCCACCUACGAGACCUUGAAGUUGGAACGGGUCCGCGAGAAGGUGCUGCACGUGGAGCUGAACCGCCCCGAGAAAAGGAAUGCCAUGAACAUCGCCUUUUGGAGAGAGAUGGUUGAAUGCUUCAACAAGAUUGGCCAAGACCCUGAGUGCCAUGCAGUGGUGAUAUCGGGCGCUGGAAAAAUGUUCACUUCAGGUAUCGACCUCAUGGAGAUGGGCAGCGUUUUCCUGAUGGCAGAAGGUGACGACGUGGCCCGGAAAGCUUGGAACAUCCGCAAGAAGAUCCGAGACUACCAAGAAUCCUUCACAGUCCUGGAGAAGUGUCCCAAACCCAUCGUUGUGGCCGUUCACGGGGCCUGCAUCGGAGGAGGUGUGGAUCUCAUUUCGGCCUGCGAUAUUCGCUACUGCACGCAAGACGCUUGGUUCCAGGUGAAGGAAGUAGAUGUUGGGCUAGCAGCCGACGUUGGCACAUUGCAGCGUUUGCCACGCAUCAUUGGAAAUCGGAGCCUAGUGAACGAGUUGGCUUUCACUGCCAGAAAGCUGAUGGCUCCAGAAGCGGAGAGCUGCGGCCUUGUCAGCCGGGUGUUCCGAGAUCGAGAGACGAUGCUGCAGAGUGCCUUUGAUUUGGCCACCGAAAUUGCCAGCAAGAGCCCGCUCGCAGUUCAGGGGACAAAAAUUAACCUUGUUUACUCCAGAGACCAUUCGGUGCCUGAAAGCUUGAAAUACAUGGCUGCCUGGAACAUGAGCAUGCUUCAAACGGAGGACAUCAUCAAGUCCGCCCAAGCUUUGAUGGAGAAGAAGAGCCCCAAGGAGGUGGUCUAUUCCAAAUUGUAGGGGGCAACCUGUAUCCAAAGCGAAGGGGCGACAAAUACGGUGGCUUUGCAGAGACCAAGCCCGGAUGCCAAGACGGCAGCAUCCCCGUGCCUUUGAGUCACGCCCUGCCUGCCUGUUCCCUUCUGGUUCACCUGCUGAUACUUUUGGGGGGCUGCAAAGCGAGACGCCCCCUUUGUAAUGGUGGUGGUGGUGGUGGGGGUGUUUCCCUAAGCACUCAGGCUAACAGCUGAAGUGCCUAUGAAUGUAGAUGCCGAAAAAGCUGAUUUUUAAAAAACAAAAGAUUAAAUCCUGUUUUCAUUGUA